AAUAACCUGCAGUUUCUAUCUGGAGGGUCAAAGAAGAAUCUACGACCUCGUUAUUGCGUUUAAUCUAGGAAUUUUAAAUGGGGUUUCUCAGAAUUUAAAGGUGGUCCACCUAAUUGGUAAUCAAUUGCGGAGUCUUCCAAAAUAGCCCCUUUCCUUUUUAUGUAAUGAGAGACUGAAAGGAGCUCUUGCUUUUCUACCGUACAUAAUCUGUAUUCAUUCAUAUUCUCUUUCUCUCUCUCGCCCCUUCCCCCCUCUCUCUUCUCUUUGCUUCCCUCUCGUCCCCAUUCUCCUUCUGCCCCCUUCCCCUCUCCCCCCCUCUCCUGCGCGUGUGCGUGCGUUUCCUUUCAUUUGUCUCAUUGGGAAACUCGUUUAGGGCCUCUGAAAAGUGAGGAGAUGCUUAGAUCUGAUUUCCCACAUAUUCCUGCUUGCAGCGUCAAAUAAUGUCCGGAAACGUUGCCACCAGAUAAAUAUGAGAAUAUUAUUUUGAAGAAGCAAUUAACCCCUACCAAAAUAUAAGGCGCCAGGGGAAAGGUGAGCCUGGAAGACAAGGAAGCCCUUCGCAUUCGCUGGUGGAGGAAAGAGCUAUCUGGGGACGGACUGAAGGUGGGGUUCCAGUCCCCAUACUUCAGCACCAAAGGGGAUGGACAGCGUCUCCAGGCUGGACUGCAGCCACAGGGACACAACCGAGCUGCCUCUGCCGCUGUCCUUGCUGCCACUGUUGUUGCUACGGGCAGCUGGGUUUCCUACUUCUCGAAGCUAAACGGCGGUGCCUCCUAAUAACCCCUCAUCCCCACUGCCCUUCCUUAAUAGACAAAAAUUAACCCUUCUUACCCAUCUGCUACAACUACUGUACAGGGCUCUGAGAAGUACUUUUGUUCCACAGAUUAAACUCAGCAACAACUUCAAGAAUAAUUUUCUACAGGGGCCUGGGAGAAAUGCAAGCAGAAGAGUGAAGUCAAAGUUCUUAGAGGCUCCGAGAAAUCAUGGGCUCUACAAUAGGGGCUGAAAUGCUCAAAGGCCCUCACUUUUUGAAAUAAACAAUGUUCAUGAGAGGAUUGCAACUGUUUUUGGAUAUAGCUUUGUGAGUGGAGGUUGCAGAAUUACUCAAAAUCCUACAUCAGAGAAACUAAAAGACUUCUAAUUUUUCUACUUGGCAGACGACUCUCCAGAAUGGUGAGAUUGCCAGAGAAGUGACUUCUGAUAAAAGAAAAGUAUUGCUCUACUUAAACUCAAACAAAAUCCUUUGCAGUGCCAUAGCACAUGGAUUUCAGGACUGCCUGUGAGGAGACAAAGACAGGAAUUUGUUUGCUGCAGGAUGGUAAUCAGGAGCCUUUCAAAGUUCGGCUGCACCUAGCCAAAGAUAUUUUGAUGAUCCAGGAGCAGGAUGUGAUAUGUGUGUCUGGUGAGCCUUUCUAUUCUGGUGAAAGAACCGUGACCAUUAGAAGACAAACUGUAGGAGGAUUUGGAUUAAGCAUAAAGGGGGGAGCAGAACAUAACAUUCCAGUUGUCAUUUCAAAAAUCUCCAAGGAGCAAAGAGCGGAACUUUCAGGCCUCCUAUUUAUCGGAGAUGCAAUUUUACAGAUAAAUGGAAUUAAUGUGAGAAAAUGCAGACAUGAAGAAGUGGUUCAAGUUCUUCGAAAUGCUGGAGAAGAAGUGACACUAACAGUGUCUUUUUUAAAAAGAGCACCUGCUUUCCUCAAACUUCCACUUAAUGAAGACUGUGCAUGUGCACCAAGUGACCAGAGUAGUGGCACCUCGUCUCCUCUUUGUGACAGUGGCUUACAUCUCAACUAUCAUCCCAACAAUACAGACACAUUAUCAUGUUCUUCAUGGCCAACAUCUCCAGGCUUGAGAUGGGAAAAGCGAUGGUGUGAUCUCAGACUGAUCCCUCUGCUUCAUUGUCGGUUCUCUCAGUAUGUGCCUGGGACAGAUUUGAGUCGGCAGAAUGCUUUUCAAGUCAUUGCUGUGGAUGGGGUUUCCAGUGGGAUUAUUCAGUGCCUCUCUGCUGAAGACUGUAUUGACUGGCUACAAGCAAUAGCUACUAAUAUUUCAAAUCUCACAAAGCACAAUAUUAAAAAAAUCAACAGAAAUUUCCCUGUAAACCAGCAGAUAGUCUACAUGGGCUGGUGUGAAGUACGGGAACAGGACUCUCUUCAAGAUUGUGCAUACUCUCCAAUAUUUCUGGCUCUGAGGGGAUCCUGUCUUUACAAGUUUCUAGCACCCCCAGUGACAACGUGGGAUUGGACUCGAGCAGAGAAAACAUUUUCAGUUUAUGAGAUUAUGUGCAAGAUUCUCAAGGACAGUGACCUGCUGGAUCGGCGGAAACACUGUUUCACUGUGCAGUCUGAGACUGGAGAGGACCUCUACUUCUCUGUGGAGUUAGACUGUGACCUCGCCCAAUGGGAAAGAGCCUUCCAAACAGCAACCUUUCUGGAAGUGGAAAGGAUACAGUGCAAGACUUAUGCAUGCGUGGUAGAAAGUCAUCUAAUGGGACUCACGAUUGACUUUAGCACAGGAUUUAUCUGCUUUGAUGCUGCAACAAAGGCUGUCCUUUGGAGGUAUAAAUUUUCUCAGCUUAAAGGUUCUUCAGAUGAUGGCAAGAGCAAAAUCAAAUUUUUGUUUCAGAAUCCAGAUACUAAACAGAUUGAAGCAAAGGAGCUGGAAUUUUCAAAUCUAUUUGCUGUUCUUCACUGUAUUCAUUCAUUCUUUGCUGCCAAAGUAGCUUGUUUGGACCCCCUCUUUUUAGGCAGUCAGGCUACUGCUUCUGCUUCUGGCAGUUCCACUUCUACAAGCAAAGUAAAGUAUACAACUUGAUAUAACUGAGCUUUGUAUCACCACUUACCAUGACUUUAUAAAUAGAAUAAACAGAUUCAUCAUUUUAGACCUCAGAGAAACAAUAAUAUCAUCAGGUCAACAGUGAAGUCAAAAUAAAAUUUCAUCAGAAAAAAAAAUGCUCAUAAGGGGAUCUCCAAGGCAUUUCUAUUUUAGAAGACAUCUGUGAAUAAUUCUAAAUGAACAGAACAGCUUAAUCUCAUUUGGUUGAUUUGUACCAGUUUACUGCUUUCAUUAAAAGUGAAGAAAAAAAGUGAAUGGUUUGAAUUAUGUAAAUAAUAUAAAAAUUGUAAGCUAUCUAUAAAUAAAAAACAAUUAAAUGGCUAUUUCUGUAUUUUAGAUUAUUUUGUAUGUGAAUACAUGUUAGAUCAGAUCGUGAAUUAAUAAUGCUUUAUAAUUUUAUUAUGAGCAGCCUAAGGGAGGCAAAAAGCCCAUAUGGCAACAAGGACACUAGCAUGCAAAAUAUCUCAUCAAAGAAAAAAACACUUUAAUUUGCAGAUCUAGAUUUCUCCUUAUAGUCCUCAUCACAUGAUUUGACACUGACACUCUAGUUUUGUUUAUCUUAUUGUAAAGUAUUCCUAAAAACUGCAAAAGGAUAAUAACAUUGACCUAUGGUAGGUGCAAUGUGAAGUGAACUAUUUCCUCCUUGGAUCACUUAUACUAAAUGUUUUAUUCACUACCAGUGUUAAUUUAAUUAUGAAUGAAGGAAACAUUCAUGAAUAUAUAUUUUGUCCUUCAUUUAGGAAGAUUUAUAUGUUACCUAAAAGAUUUAUUUUCAAGUUAGUUUCAUAAGUUUUCAGUGACUCCAAAACUUUUGUGGAAAAACAUAAUAUCAACAGCUCUGGUGUGAGAAACAAUUCUUUGUAAACCCAAUUCUAGCUAAUUGUGAAUUAAAAUGUUUCUACAAAGUGAUCUCAAAUCUAUUAUUAUGUUAGUUAAAUUAUUUUUUCACAUGAGUAGUAUUUAAUGAUAAUAUAGAGAUACAAAAAUAAAAAUUAAAAUUUUUAUCUUACCAUGUCAUAAAAACUUAUUAUAUAACUCCAAACAAUUUGGGUUAAUUUAGGGAUAUUUUCUAAGGAAUUCUGGAUGUGAAGAGGCUGGAAAUUUGAAAACAUUGGGUUGGGGGGUGUGUGCACACAAGUCAGAUUCCAGAUAUCACAUAACUUUGUGUAUAAUGUGGAAAACAUUUUUUGUCCUUUACUACUGAGCUCUGCUUUUAAACAACCAGCUACCUAUUAAAUAAAAGGAAACAACACUUUCCUAUUAAUACACAUGUUCCCAACUGAAGCAAAAUUGGAUACUUCCUUAUGAAAAUGAUUAAGUAUCUAAUAAUGUGAUUUGAUAUAUUUUGUAAAUAGUAGAAAAAAAUACCACUUAAGGGAAAAAUAAAUUGUAAAAGGUUUUUACCAUUAUAAUGAAAAAAAUAGCAUACAACUAUUUCUAUAGUCAUAGAUUAUCGAUUUACAUCUGAUUAAAAUUCUGAAUCACAUUAAAUUUUUUUUAAACAGUAAGUUUCAUGAUUUUACAUGGGCAAGUGUUGAGUUUGGCCUAGGUCAUGUUAUUAAGAGAAUGUUGGAAAAAAUUAACAAUUAGUAUAAUUUAUUUUGACCACAGAAGUAACUAAUAUGUAUAAUUAGGGUGAUACUGUAGAAUUUCUCCUCAAUAUGUAUCAACAAACACAAAAGUCAUUCUAAAAUAAGAAGCCCACAGAAGAUAGGCUUUACUAACCCAUUAUUGUUUGUAAUUGAGAAAAAAAUUGAGGCAUCAACCUUAGGACAUGAAGCUGUAGCAGCCAGCUCAUUACAGAAUCUCUGCUACUAACUAGAGUUGUAUCCCUCAGUGUGCUCCACCUUGAGAUAACCUCUGUGUGUCCACAUUGUGAUAAGCUGGUCUACAAGAAAUAUGAAGUGG